AUGAAGACUUUGAAAUUUCCGCAAUCACCACCAAGCCUCUACGAAUUGGCUGAGAAGCUUCGAGACCCACUACUCGCCAACUACAAAUACAGCUCCGUUUGUGUCGUUCCCUGCCCAGACCUCCGCCAGCCGCCAUUCCAACUCGCCACCCAGGGUCUGUCCGGUGACGAAAGGGCCGGGGAUGUCGGAGGGCAGCCCAACCUCUUUCCCAUCCCUCAACUGGAUACAGUCUGGUCCUUAAUUGAUAUUGCAAAGGCCAUGGACAUGGAUGCUGUAAAGGGCAGCCUCAUCGGCGCAGGGGCCGGACCUUUCAGAGAUGUUGGCGUUAACUGCGAGCUGUCGCCGAACAUCAGCUGGGAAGACGGUUUUGAUUCCGAUAUCAACAACGGUACCCGGUAUGCAGGAAUCGACCGAGCUAGCGGUGAGGUUACGGUCAAGGAGAGUCCGUGCCUAGACUGCGCGCUGAUGAUCAAUCUCUUUGGCUCUCGAGGUGAUCCAGGCCCCGUCUUGAAGGUGACAGCGAGGGGAAGAAGGGGACAAGAGAAGAGCUUCACCGAGUGCAUCCGCAAGGCACUCUACGCGGCCUAUGGCGAUUCGCAAACCAUCAGUCUAGGAGGCGUCUUCCUUAUCAAAACGGGCAGGACCUACUAUCAUAUCAUGCCCGAUUUCCCAGAUCAAGGACGACCUUUUGAAGAUUUCAAGCAGCUUAAUGACUGGUUAACUUAUCACGAGUUUGACGGACCACUCGUCUGCAUGACCGUCAUGCACUCGGCGGAUCCUGGAAGGGCAAUGGACCUCCGCAUGGAGCAUUCCCACGGAUUUGAUCCUCGUGGAAGAGCUGCUGGGGGCCAUUAUCACGGUGAUGUUGGUGGCAGCGAGGACAUCGAGUAUGAGGCGUAUCUCAAUACCGCAAAGGCCACCAACACGAACAUCUACAAUCUCCCGAUUGAUUCUCUGUACGAAGUCACCAGGCUGCCAUCCCUGCGCAACGGAGACACGCCAGUUGACCGCAGAGAGCCAUUUGCGACCGACUUUAUCGCACGAGGGUCCAUUUCCAAUGCCGCUGCCCAGCAGCUCUUUCAUCGCUUCAAGCCACGACUGGACUAUUUCUGCUACGGCAUCAUGUGUCCGCAUGAGGACUUGGAUGCGCUGCGUUCGAGCUCGGCGCUCUUGACAGCUGCAAUAUGCGCCGUAUCUGCUCUUCACGACCCAGAGGGCUCAGGCAUGUUCAAAGUCUGCCAUGCCGAAUUCCUCAGGCUAGCCUCGGCCGGAAUGUUUUCUAUAUCCUACUCCCCGGACGAUAUUCGUGGCCUGAUUGUUGGGGCAUACUGGCUCGCUAAUGUCUCUUACACUCUCAUAGGACAUGCGGUGCGGGUUGCUGCUAGGCUGAACUACCACAUCGCCUACUUCUCAGUGGUGAACAACACAAGUAUUGGCAAAGAGCGAGCAGACGACAUCGAGAAAGCGCGACUCUGGUAUGUUCUGUACGUUUUGGACCACCAUUCCAGUAUCCUAUACGGCCGACCAGCUUUGAUAUCAGCCACCGAAGAGCCUCACCAGCAAUGGGAAACGUUCAUCCAUGCCAACGGUGAUAACGAGAAAGACAAAAGAAUUACAAGCCAGGUGGCGCUGCAUCACAUCACAUCCAAAGUGAAAGAAAUCUUCGGCAGCUAUUCCACCCAAGGAGUGCCCGAGCAUUUCCUCCAGCAGCUUCGCGGUUACUUUUCCGAGCUGGACAGAUGGUACAUGGCCUGGGGAAACCGGAUGCAACGAAAUCCUUUCAUCGGAUGGUUCCCCCGAGACGGCGCCAUUCUUCAUUACCACUUUGCACGGCUCCAUCUAUGCUCAUACGUCUUCCGGGGCAUGUCCGAGAAUUCUGUAUCGGCUGCGUCCUCGAAUGUGAGGGAAUACGCUUCGCUCGCAGUCUCCUCGGCCACUUCGGUUCUUGAGCUAGUGGUGGAGCGCGACGACAUGCGUACUGCUCUAGCCGGGAUGCCGAUCUACUUUCAUGGCAUGAUCACCUUCGCUGCGGUGUUCCUCAUCAAAGCGGCGAAGACUAGCUUCCAUGGGCUGGCCACAGUAGACGUGUCCAAGUCCCUUUCUCUGGUCCAGACAUGCAUGCGCGAGUUGCGCGCCCAGAGUGCCGCUCCGCAGCAUUUGGUAUAUCAUCUUUGCAACGGUCUAGAGCAGAUGAUGGCACACUCGAUGCCAACCUCCGCAGAAGGCAGCGCGAUGGCGACUCCUAGGAUGACCGAGGGAACUACUGCGGGCCCUACGACAAGCCCGGAGUUCGAUGUGUCUAGUUCAAUGGCUAGUAUAGACUCCAUGUUCAUGGCCAAUCCUUUCGAUCUGAUACAAUACCCAGCGGAUGGUCAAGCGGAGUCGGGAAUGGGGAAUGGUUUUGAUUGGGAAAGUCAAUUUGGGCUGUAA